AUGGAGGAUUCGGUGGCGCAGAAGAGGAAGCAGCGAGAGUUUGCUUUAGCCUCGGUUUCUGAGGUUUAUGCAUCUUCUUCCUCUACUUCGCCCGGGGUUGCUGUGUUCUCUGGUGACCGUCUUCAAAUUCGGGACGAAUCUAACCGUAUUGUUAUAAAUGCUCAUCUUACAGAUAUUGAGCUAUUUAGGUUAGGUCCUAAUGAAUCGGUUUGCAUGGUGGAAGGGUCUGGUGCUGACAAACAGACAUCUUAUUCCAGUGGAGUCGCUAUACAGUUUAGAAAUGAGGAAGAGAGUGAGGCCUUCCAUUGUGUAUUCCAACAAUGGAAGAAGGAAUUCAUUGUUCAAGGAGGUAAUUUAUCAAAUGGAACUAAUGUAAUAACUUCUAAAAGUAAAUUUGAUGAAAAGAUAGAGUCAUCUUCUGCAAAAAUGUAUUUCCACUAUUAUGGACAACUUCUGCAUCAACAAAAUAUGUUGCAGGACUAUGUGAGGACAGGAACCUAUUAUGCCGCGGUUAUUGAGAAUCGCACAGAUUUCAUUGGCCGUGUAGUAGUUGAUGUUGGUGCUGGUAGCGGAAUUUUGUCAUUGUUUGCUGCCCAGGCUGGUGCAAAGCAUGUUUAUGCUGUGGAAGCAUCUGAAAUGGCAGAAUAUGCACAAAAACUUAUAGCUGGGAACCCAAUACUCAGUCAACGAAUUACAGUUAUUAAAGGCAAAGUUGAGGAUGUUGAAUUACCUGAGAAAGCAGAUAUUCUGAUCUCUGAGCCCAUGGGCACCUUGUUAGUCAAUGAAAGGAUGCUGGAGUCUUAUGUCAUUGCCAGAGACAGGUUUCUCACCCCUAAUGGGAAAAUGUUUCCAAGUGUAGGAAGGAUUCACAUGGCUCCCUUCAGUGAUGAAUACUUGUUUGUUGAAAUUGCUAACAAGGCACUGUUUUGGCAGCAACAAAACUACUAUGGUGUUGAUUUGACGCCAUUACAUGGGACUGCCUUUCAAGGAUACUUUUCUCAGCCUGUGGUGGAUGCUUUUGAUCCAAGGUUGUUAAUAGCUGCUCCUAUGUUCCAUGUGAUAGACUUUACCAAAAUAAAGGAAGAAGAGCUAUAUGAAAUUGACAUUCCUCUCAGAUUUGUAGCCAAUGUGGGUGCCAGGCUGCAUGGGCUGGCAUGUUGGUUUGAUGUACUGUUCAAUGGAAGUACUACUCGAAGGUGGCUUACCACUGCCCCUGGUUCACCUACAACCCACUGGUAUCAGUUACGCUGUGUCCUCUCACAGCCAAUAUAUGUCGUUGCAGGGCAAGAAAUCACUGGCAGGAUGCACUUGAUUGCCCACACUGCUCAGAGUUAUACAAUCUAUUUAACAUUGUCGGCUAAAACAUGGGGUCCUGGUGCUGAACAAGGAGAGAUUCUUCAAACAUCAUCCUGUAAACUUGAUCUGAAAGAACCUUACUAUAGAAUGUCUCAACCGCAAGCUUAUCCACUAAACCAAGAUCAGCAACCUCAACCGCUUUUACAGACACAGGAUAUAAACAUCCAAUCUCAAGAUUUGGAUGAGGUGGAGAUGAUGCAGUUGCCUUCGCCCAAGUCAUGUGCUCAAAUUGACUCCCUCAUGCAGAAUGCUUAA